AUGACAGCUAAUGAAUCAGAAGAGCUCUUCCCUCUGCCGUUUACCUCAGCUGAAGCUUUCGCCCUGUACGUCCAAGUUCGUGAUGGCCAGACUACUGCCGUCCCGUACAUCUGUGGAAUCGGAUUCGUGACAAACCUGGUAUCGUUGAUUGUAUUCGUACAACCUAACCUCAGACGAUCCUCUUGUGGCGUCUACCUGGCGUCUAAAUCCGUGUCUGACCUAGUUUUUCUGCUGACUGUGUUGAUCGUCUGGUUGACCCGAGUGGACAUCAAGAUAUUUUUCACUUCCGGUGUGUGUCAGACCGUCAUCUUCUGCUCCUACUUAUCAUCCUUCGUGUCUAUCUGGCUGGCUGUCGUGCUGACUGUUGAAAACCUGCUCUGUGUCGUCAAACCCUGGUUCGUCAAAAGAUCAUGUAACGCCAUUUCCGCUUUGGUCCUCACAGCAUCCAUACUUAUAUUUGGAAUCGGGAUUUACCAAUUUUCUAUAUGGAACAACGGAAUAGGGAACUUUUACGAAAACCCAGAAGUCCCAACUGAAAAAGUAGAUACUAUUUCAGUAUUCCCUAAUCUAGAUCAGCCGCCGUCUCAAGAUAGUACGAAACCAAUCAACCUAACAUUUGUAGUAGAGACUAAGAAUGUUUUAUCAACAUCUGACAACACGACAAACGUUACUGAGCCACUAUAUGAAGCAGUAUGCACUCACUUCGAGAUUUAUGCUGAUUAUAUAAAAACUAUGACUUACAUUGAUACAGUCAUUACCAUUAUCAUCCCAAUUGUAAUUCUUGCUGUAACUAACGCCGCCAUCGCCAUCAUCGCCUGCCGCACCUCUAGAAGAACGAGAGCACGCACCAGAGCGUCCACUGGUACCCAGGGAUCAACUGGUGCUCCAUUGGUCAAGUCUCGUUCAUCGGCUGCAGCCAUGGAAACUAAAGCUUGUAAAUUUUUGUUUAUGGUUUCCAUGACGAUCCUCAUUUUCCACACCCCAAGUCACGUGAUACGAUUGAUGACGCUCUUCUCCUUUGGAUGGCUGGAGGUCGUCCUUCAGAGACUCUUCGAGACUUUGCUCUACCUUCAUUACGUCAUUAACUUUUUUGUUUACAUUAUCUUUGGUGAUAACUUCAGACUGGUGUUUCUUUCGCUUUUAAGGGGAAAAAUAUGUAAUUAA